AUGUCUACACCGGGAAAGUAUGUGCGUGCUCCGUCGAUUUCCUCUGACGACGACACCGAUGAACUAGCUAGUGCGGAAGGUAUAAGCGGGUUGUAUGUACGUGCUUGCUCUGGACCCAUCAUCGAAGAACGACAGGUUGAAGAAUCUCGUAAUCUGGAGGCACCGGAUAACCAACUGGAACUAGCAAACAAGUUGAAGGAACUUGAAAACGUCAUCCAAGUGCUGCGUAAUCGUAACGAUAGUCAUCCAGGAAAUUCGUCGACCGUUCUGGCCAGCGUACCGCGUGCAUCACCCCAUUCCCCAAAAACGUACCAGCCUCCAUGGAUGUGCUUCAUCGAAGAUUUUGAACUAGCAUCAUCGCUAUCGAAUGUGAAAAAUCCAAAACGACGUGUUGAGCUGCUCCUGUUGUCCAUGGGCGAGGAGCUAAAAGGCGUCGUUCGUGCCGCCAAGCUGCGCCCGGAUCCGGACAGUGACGAUUGCUUCGAGGUCUUCAAGAACAACAUUGAUCGCUACUUGAAGUCCAUGACUGACCCAGCCGCGGAACAUGAGAGCUUUCUAAACAUGCGUCAGGAAGAUGGAGAAUCCGCUGUUAAUUUCCAUGCAAGACUGUCAAGAAAGGUGCAGCUCUGCGGCUACAGCCCCGACGACCAGGACCGCUUCGUUAGGACUCAGCUUCUAAGGGGGCUCCGUAAUCAGGAACUCAAGAAAGCUGCGAGGAUGUACGGUCACGACUCAAACUUCAUCGUACAGUCGGCCACUCGAGCCGAGGGAUUCCAGGCUGAAGUUACGCCAUCGGCAACGGAAUCCAACACGUUCACAGUCAGCGCCGGCCAGUAUCGUGGUUCUCAGGACCGAUUCAAAUGCAAAGCAGAACAGCAAGAAAAGCGAUUUGGUAAUUCAUCCAAGAGGUUCCGUCCGAACAGAACGAUCGCUGAUGGAGGCAGAGCACAUCCUCGUGUGGAAAUGACUCGUCGGAACAGAUGUCCAAGAUGUUUCCGUUCGUCUCACAUGGGUUCUGAGUGUCCAGCGAAGUGGAGGAACUGUAAUUCUUGCGGUGCGGUUGGACAUUUUGCGGUGGCGUGUCGUGGUCAUCGUGUGAACGUAGUCAAAGAUGAGGAGGUCUCAGCUCGUGCAGCGAUCGAGGAUUCCAAGGAUCAGCAGAUCAAUGCCCUUUCGCUCCAAGAUGUACUGAUUGAUUGCCGCGUCGGUUCAUCUAAUCCGAUCAAGUUCCUGAUAGAUUCGGGUGCAGACGUAAACGUCCUGGGUGGAGCGGAUUGGGACAACUUGGAACAGCAGCUGAGGGCAGGUAAGGUUAAACUUAUCCCACUGGAAAGGACCAUCAAUCGGAAUUUGCAAGCGUACGCUUCCAACAAACCAAUGGAAGUCGAACACGCUUUUACAGCUACUGUCGAAGCAGUUGGCAGUACAAAACCACCUGUUACCGCUGAUUUUCUUGUGGUGAGAGCAGGCAAGCGAUCCUUGCUUGGAAGGGUAACAGCCAGCGACAUGGGACUUCUAAAGGUUGGAGGAACGAUCAAUACUUGCGAAUCUGGGAUAUUUCCAAAAAUGCCCGGAGUGAAGGUGAAGUUUAGUGUUGAUGAUUCAAUUCCUCCAGUACGCAACGCGUAUUAUAAUAUUCCUGCCGCAUACCGCGAGGGCGCACGACGAAGACUUGAGGAAAUGGAGGCACGGGGAAUAAUCGAGAAGGUAACGCAAGCUCCUCAAUGGAUAAGUGGCAUGUCUGUCGUUCCAAAGGGGAAAGAGGACUUCCGUUUGGUGGUAAACAUGCGGGCCCCGAACAAAGCCAUCAAACGGGAGUACUUCAGAAUGCCAUCGAUCGAUGAAAUGAGAAUUAAACUACAUGGUGCCAAAUAUUUUUCUAAGCUGGACCUCUCCAAUGCGUUUUACCACAUCGAGUUGAAUGAGGAAUCACGAGAACUCACGACGUUCCUUUCGGAAAAUGGAAUGUUCCGCUUCACCCGCCUAAUGUUCGGUGUCAAUUGCGCACCGGAGAUAUUCCAGCGAGAAAUGACGCGUAUUCUCAAGGAUGUCAAGAAUAAAAUUGUAUUCAUUGAUGACAUACUCCUGUUCGCCGGGACGAUUGAAGAAUUGAGAAAGAGUCUCGCAAGUCUUACAAAUCUUGCGGUCGAAUAA